CUUCCUUCUGCAUGCCGUCACUUUUCUACCCCUUUUCCAUUAUCGAAAAUUCAAUCUCACCCUCUUUUGUUAGGUCAACUAUGAAGGCUAUGGACGUAACUUCAACGUAAUUUCUCUAUAAAAACCAACUGUGGAGCCUGACUCUCCUUUACGAAACAUUCUCGGAAACAAAAUUUUCAACACAAAGAAGAUGAGCUACUUUCUCGGCUGCUGCGGCUCCAGGUUCUUGAUCGUGUUCUCUUUGUUCUGUCUUCUUCAAGCUUCGACUGCGGAAGAGGGUAAUGUUAAUGGGAACCUGUUAUAUCAGUUAUCAACGAGGGAGGAGCUAGUGCAAAUGGCUGGUUAUGGAGAGGAGAAGCUAUCAACCGUGCUGGUUACAGGAACUGUUCUUUGUGAAGCUUGUUUGCAUGGCGAAGAUCAACUUCGUUCAUGGCCAAUAUCAGGUGCUCUGGUGACGGUUUACUGCCAUAACAGCCAUAGAAGAACCAUAUCAAAGUCUCAGGCUGUGACAGAUGAAUAUGGGGAUUUCAUGAUUGAUCUUCCUUCACACUUGCAUGCUAUUCCCCACUUGGAAAAGUCAUGUUCAGUUAAAGUUCUUCGACUACCCAGGAACUCACUCUGCAGACCAACUUAUAUUAACAGGCACAGAGGAUUGGUACUGUCAUCGGUUGGGAAUGGCAUCCGAACCUAUGCAACCGGGAGAAUGAGGUUCUUGCAUUCGACAUCCAAACCCUUACGAGCAUGUACCGGUAAAGGCAGCAAUGACAAACAGAUUGCAUGGUGAACAAGCAGAUUGGGAUAUGGCACCGUGGCUCAUAGAUGGCGCUUCAGUCACAGCAUAGAGUUACAAGAGUUCUAUCCCACUCAAGCUGUAUAUGAGUUCUGGAAGUAUAUAUAUACUGCAUACAUGUAUGUAAAUAAUCAUAUUUUGUUUCAUUUUGAGCGCCGAGUGAUUCUAAAUGAUGUUUAGGAUGCUCUGAGUGCUGAUAAUGUAAUCAUUAUUUGUCGCACCGCAAGCUUUUUUAAGAAAAGAAAGAAAGAAAGAAAGAAAGAA